UGUGUAACAUCUGCUUUAAAAUGCAGAUGAGAAAAUGGUUGCUUCUGCAUCCAAACAACAUUUGUAGGUGGGUAAUAUAUGGAGGACUUUUUUUUAUCUGUCCUCUGUUAACUAUUAAAUAAUGAAGCAAUCUUUUUCCAAAUCUGGAUAACAAUUUCUAUGUCCUGCCAGCACUGCUGACACAAAGUACCUUUAAGAUCCUGCCUUUCACAUACUAAUCUAAAAAGGAAACAGGAAAAGGGAACCUAAACUCCCAGUGCUUAGACAGCAGCGAGACAGUAGCACACCAGCCUCUAUGGGAAAGCAGGAAAACCGCUGUAUGUGAAAGCCACACAGCAGAAGCAAGGGAAAGAAAGAAUAUGUGACGUGCCAUCCACCUCCAUGAACUGUUGUGGAAAUUGGAUGGAGAGAUUGUGGAAACCAUGGAUUUUUUAGCGUAUAUUAUUCUUUAUGCUUUUAGACUUCUGGUUUCAGGUGGAGUGGAAGCCUUCCGGGACUUAAUUAUUGUAAAUUCACUUCCCUUAUUUUCAAACCGUGAAACAUCUCUCACUUGUAUAGCUCCUGAAUGGAGUUCUCCCGAAGCAAUAACCAUAGUCAGAGACACAGAUACCAUUUUAAGUCAAUCCCAGGAGCCUUUGGAAUGUAUACAAGAUGAAACAAGGAAAUCAGCCAAAACUGUGGUGUGGAAAAGAGAAAAAGCGACGGAAGCUAUUGGAAGUUAUUUCUGUGAGUGGAAAAGCAGAGAUGUGACAACAAGAACACGUACUAUGAAAAUGUCAGAGCAAGCUUCUUUCACUCCCAAAUUCUUAACAGUAACUGCAAGUAAAGGUGACAACACCACCCUUGUUUUUCUGAAAAAGAACCCAAUAGAAUCAGAUGUUCUGAUCUACAAAAAUGUGACGUUUUAUGAUACUGUGCCAAAGCAUGAAGUGCCACAUGUGCUUGAGCUCACCUUAUCAAAUGUGCAGCCAAAGGAUGCAAGUGUAUACCGAGUUACAUACAUGGGAGGAAACCUUUUUAACACUGCUUUCACCAGACUAAUUGUAAGAAGGUGCUCAGCUCAGAACUGGGGGCCGCAAUGCAAGAACAAUUGCUCUGAGUGUCAGAACAGUGGUGUAUGUCAUGAGGACACUGGGGAAUGCAUCUGCCCACCAGGAUUUAUGGGAACAACAUGUGAAAUGUCAUGUGAUGAUAAUAAAUUUGGUGUAACGUGCAAAGAAAGCUGUAAGGGAAAUGAAGGCUGCAAAUCACAUAUGUUCUGCCUUAUGGAUCCAUAUGGCUGUUCUUGUGCCUCAGGCUGGAAAGGACUCAUGUGUGAUGAAGUUUGCCCAGAUGGCUUUUAUGGACCUGACUGCAAGCUGAAGUGUCUUUGUAACAAAGGAACUUGUCAUAGAUUUAAGGGGUGCAUUUGUCCCAUAGGCUGGCGAGGGCUACAUUGUGAAAAUGAAGGUUCUGCUGAUAUAACACCAAUGAUUUUGGAAACUGAAGAAACAUUGGAGAUGAAUAUAGGUACGGAAUUCAGUCUCUCUUGCAAAGCCACUGGUCAACCAUUGCCAUUAAAGCAGGAGUUCAAGCUAUUCAGGCAAGAUGGAACAGUUCUUCAGGCUGCGUCAGUUACUACCAAAAAUAAGGAGGUGAUUGCACUCUUUAAGGGGGAAAUAAUCCAGCAAAGACAUUCAGGUAUUUGGAUAUGCAGUGUCAAGACAGUAGCAGGAAUGGCUGAGAAGCAUUUCAAUAUUUUAGUUAAAGUUCCACCAGUCGCUCUAAACAGCCCAAAGUUAAAUAGCAGUGGGCCCCAUUAUUUUAUAAUUGAGGUCAAUGCUGAUCCCUACAGAGGAGAUGGCCCAGUUAUAUCAACAGUUCUCUUAUACAAGCCUUCACUGAUAUCAGCAUCCUGGCAGACCAUAGAGGUUCCUUUUAAUGAAAAACUGAUAAAACUUGAAGGUUUGGAACCAAAUACAGAAUAUAAAGUUUGUUUUCAACUGAGGCGCCAAGGAGAAGGAGGAGCUGGGCACCCAGGCCCUGAAGCUGUCUUAACAACCGAUCCACCAUGUCUUCCCUCUCCUAAGGGGCUAAUGUUGCUUUCCAAGAGUCAGUAUUCACUGAACUUGACAUGGAUGACAGAUUUUAAAAAUAAUGAAGAAGAUCGUGUAUAUGAAGUGGAAUGUAGUAAAGUAAACACUACUGUAUCACUUCAAAACAAAAAAGUGAGCGUAAAUCAAGGUGGAAUUGUCAUUGAUGGCUUGGAGCCAAGGACAUUAUACCAAUGCAGGGUUCGUGAAAACACAAAUUCACAGGGAGAAUGGAGUGAGAUGUUGCUAGCCUGGACUCAUAGUGACCAAAUUCCACCAGCUCCUGGAAACAUCAAUAUUUUCAAUAUAACAGACUCAUCGGCUGUUAUCACUUGGUCAGUUGAAGAAGGUCAUUCAAUCUCCUCUAUUAUCAUCCGCUAUAAAAUUUAUGGAAACACUGAGUACAACCAUGACAUAAAGAUCAGAAAUAUUACUAUUGUGCAUUACCAGCUGAAAGGGCUUGAAGCCAACACUCCAUACUUGGUUGAGAUGUGUGCAGAGAACAAUAUUGGACAAAGCUUUCCAAACCCUGUACAGGAACUAAAGACCCAUGAAGAAGUUAGAGGAGCACAUGAGUCAAAAGAUGGAAAUAUGCUGCUAAUCGCUAUCUUAGGCUCAGCUGGAAUGACCUGCCUGACUAUUCUACUGGCGUUCAUUAUCAUGCUACAACUGAAACGAGCCAACUUCCAGAACAGAAUGGCGCAAGCUUUCCAAAAUGGAGUGAGAGAAGAGCCUGUUGUACAGUUUAAUUCAGGUUCACUCACCCAAAUACGGAAAGCAAAGAACAAUCCAGAUCCUCUGGAAUAUCCUGUUUUGGAAUGGCAUGACAUCAAAUUCAAAGAUGUAAUAGGAGAGGGGAACUUUGGUCAGGUUCUUAAGGCCCGUAUUAAAAAAGAUGGCUUGAGAAUGGAUGCAGCAAUCAAAAGAAUGAAAGAAUAUGCAUCUAAAGAUGAUCACAGAGAUUUUGCAGGAGAACUGGAAGUUCUUUGUAAACUUGGAAGUCACCCAAAUAUCAUAAACCUUCUUGGAGCAUGUGAACACAGAGGCUACCUGUAUUUGGCUAUUGAAUAUGCCCCCCAUGGCAAUUUACUCGACUUUCUAAGAAAAAGCCGGGUACUGGAAACUGACCCAGCAUUUGCUAUAGCCAACAGCACGGCCUCUACCUUGUCUUCCCAGCAGCUGCUACACUUUGCUGCAGAUGUGGCCCGAGGUAUGGACUACCUGAGCCAAAAGCAGUUUAUUCAUAGGGAUUUAGCAGCAAGAAACAUUUUAGUUGGUGAAAACUAUGUUGCAAAAAUUGCAGAUUUUGGUUUAUCCAGAGGACAAGAAGUUUAUGUAAAGAAAACUAUGGGAAGACUUCCUGUUCGAUGGAUGGCGAUUGAGUCUUUGAACUACAGUGUCUAUACAUCAAACAGUGAUGUAUGGUCUUUUGGAGUAUUAUUGUGGGAAAUUGUAAGCCUGGGUGGAACACCAUAUUGUGGGCUGACAUGUGCAGAACUUUAUGAAAAGCUUCCACAAGGAUACAGACUUGAGAAGCCUCUGAACUGUGAUGAUGAAGUGUAUGACCUCAUGCGGCAGUGCUGGCGUGAGAAGCCAUAUGAAAGACCAUCAUUUGCCAAAAUUGUGGUGUCCCUUAACCGAAUGCUGGAAGAAAGAAAGACUUAUGUCAACACAACACUAUAUGAAAAGUUCACCUACGCUGGCAUUGACUGUUCUGCUGAGGAGGCUGCAUAGGUUUAAUACAGCAUAUUCAUAAUCUGUCAGUCCAUAUCGUUGACUCGGAAUGUUAAAGAGAUACUGACACCAGAAAUGAAACCUUUUUUACAUCUGUCAUAACACUGUUUUUGCAUGCUAUUCAUAACUUUGCCUUAAAAGUGUUUGCCUGAUGCUUUUACAUUACCUGAUUCCUCAGGUUCCUCUAUGAGGGGCUGCUAUAUUUGUGCAGCAGUAAUCCGUUAUUGUAACCCGUUACAUGACCUAUAGGUAACUUUUAAUGCACAUUAAUAUUUUGAAGAGUAUUUUUUUAGUGUCAGUAUCACUUUAAAGUCUAUUUGUGUACAGACAAUAUGUAGGAUACUUUUAAAAAAAUUAGCAUAUAUUUUUAUCACUAUGUAAAUAUAUUUUUUUUUUUAUCUGUAAGCUGACAUACAUUUGGAAGGUUACAAGCAAAACUUUUUUAUAGAUAAAAACCUAUAAUACUGCAUUAUACAUAAACAAAGUUUAUUGAUAAACGUUGAAGGGUGUGCUUAUAUUUUUGAAAAUGGUGUGCGUGUAAAUUCUCCAUUUAACUAAUUCUGCAAAAACAACAUAUUGGUUUAGCAUUUUUUUUUACCUUUUUGUGUUUUUUUUAUCUUUUUUGCUGUUGCUGAAAUGAGCUGUGUACAACAGAGAAGAAAAUAUAUUUAUUAAAACAGCUACUGACUAAAAGCACAGCAGCAGUGCAGUGAAAUCGUCUUCACUUUUUCUCUGUUGUAACAAUGAUGUAUGAGCUUUCUCUUUUGAAGGAAAGUAAAGUAUAUUCCUGGCUUUAAGCAUGUUGUUUAAAGGGGCUCAUGAAGGGUCAUGAAGAAAAACAAUUAAAUAAAAUAAAGUACUUUGUAAAAUAAACCUGUUACCAGUUCAUUAUC